CGUAGAACACUUUCCUAAUACCUGAUGAACUACUAGUCAGAUCAUCUCACAGAUUUUACCCCAGCCUCGUCUUUGAAAUCUCCGCCACCACCCACCAUCCCCCUCUACCCUCCGCCACCAUUUAUUUUUAUAUAUAUACGCCACUCUCCCACGCUUUCCAAUGCAGAUUCCCACGCCCCACCUCCCACCAUGAACGGCCACCAACCUCUCCGCUCUUCAUGCACCCUCAAGACCAGGUCCAACAAGUCCAAGGCCGCCGCUAUUAGUCUUCUCGCCUCCGGCGACGGCGGCCGAAUUCCGGCGGAGAUGAAGCAGAAGAAGAAGACUGCAAAUGGGUUUUGGAGCAAAGCUUCGUUCAUGAACUGGUCGAUGGACGACGCGGUUGGCCUCUUCCGGUUUCAUCCGAUGCCGUGCGUUUUCGCUGCGUCGUUGUUGUUUUUCAUGGGCGUGGAGUACACUCUCCGGAUGGUGCCAUCGUCGUCGCCGCCGUUCGAUCUGGGGUUCGUCGCCACCGAGUGGCUCCACCGAAUUCUCGCUUCGAGCCCCGAUCUCAAUACUCUUCUGGCCGGACUCAACACGGUGUUUGUGGGGAUGCAAACCACAUAUAUAAUUUGGACGUGGAUGGUGGAGGGAAGGCCUCGGGCCACCAUUUCUACGCUUUUCAUGUUUACCUGCAGAGGGAUUCUUGGCUACUCCACACAGCUUCCUGUUCCUCAGGGAUUUUUGGGCUCAGGCGUGGACUUCCCAGUCGGUAAUGUGUCCUUCUUCCUCUUCUUCUCGGGCCAUGUUGCAGGGUCUGUAAUUGCAUCCUUAGACAUGAGGAGAAUGAAGAGGUGGGGAAUGGCAUGGACAUUUGAUGUGCUCAAUAUUCUACAAGGUGUAAGGCUCCUGGGGACUAGGGGCCACUAUACCAUCGACUUGGCCGUGGGCAUAGGCGCCGGAGUUUUGUUUGAUUCACUGGCUGGAAAGUAUGAGGAGGGCAAGAGAAGAGCAGCUGCCUCUACUGCAAUUGGUAACGCUGAUGUGUUUACAUAAUGUCAUGGUCAUCAUAGUGCAAGGUACAAAUGUUAGAGGCCUGUUUGGGCUGCCAAAUGUAAAAAAAAAAGGCACCUUCAAUGGUAGAAAAGAAAGAACAAAGAAGUGGGGUUAAUGCAUUAAUUGGGGUUAAGGUCAGUUUCUGCCUUCCUUUUGAGAUGCCCCCAUGGCCUCAUUUUUCAGGGUAUUUGGUUGACAAACCUUGUAACUUUGUAUAAAUCCUCUACAUUUUGAAUUGGGUUUGGUCCAUUUGUUAAUCUUUAUCCUCUAGAAUUAACUUUGUUACAUACAUGUAGUUGUUUAUAUCAAGAAGUUGGAAUGAAGGUUUGGUUGAUUUGAAAUUUUGAA